AAAUCAAUAACAAAUGUCACAACUUUUCAUUGCAAAAUAACAAAGAAAAAUCGAACUGCACACUUUUACCAUUCGCGCUGUGCUUGGCAUAAAAACAAGUAAAUGCCGUCAAGCUAGAUGUUUGUUAAGUGAUUAUUUCGAACAAGCGUGGUCACUAGUGAUAUUUGUUUAUCGAGUAAUUGCAUCACCUAUUGGCCGAGCAGCACACGCGAAACGUGUGAGAGUCCCCCUGGUCCCAACAUGAAUAUCAAAAUGCCGGAUUUUGAUAUGAAGAAGUUUGUAAAAGGUGCUGGUUCUACGCUGUCGCGAGUAGUGCAGCUGACCGAAGAGAAACUUGGAACGUCGGAGAAAACCGAGAUGGAUGCCCGCUUCGAGCACCUGAGCGAACGCUCCGACUCCGCGAAGCUGUGGACGGAAAAGAUCAUGCGUGAUACGGAGGCAGCGCUCAUACCGAAUCCGGCCAAUCGAAUGGAAGAUUUUAUAUUUGAGAAAAUCGAAAAACAAAAACCCAAACGCCUGAGCAAUCUGGAGUACCUGGGCCUGGAUAUGAUCGAAGGUGGCGGUGAGUUUGGGCAGGAUGGUCCGUACGGAAGUGCACUGAUCAAGGUGGGGCAGGCGGAACAGAAGCUCGGGUCUUGCGAACGUGAUUUCAUCGGUUCUGCUGGGGUGUGUUACAUUCAGCCGUUGAAAAAAUUCUUAGAAGGUGAAAUGAAAACCAUCACCAAAGAGAAGGGCGUGCUGGAGAGUAAACGCCUGGAUUUGGACGCAUGCAAAAAUCGGGUCCGCAAAGCGCGCAGCAUGAUUGGCCAGCAAGCGAAGGAUGGGAUAUCGCCAGAAGUGACAUUAGAACAGGCCGAACGUGAUCUGCGAGUGGCACAGUCCGAGUUUGACCGGCAGGCCGAAAUAACGAAGCUACUGCUGGAAGGAAUCAGCACCACGCAGGCUACCCAUCUGCGCUACCUGCACUCAUUCGUUGAAGCGCAGGUGCGAUAUUAUGGCCAGUGCAAUAAAAUCAUGUCCGACUUGCAGCGGGAACUGGUCAGUCUUGGUGGCCCGCAGCCUUACGUUCCGGUGUCUGGAUACGAGGAGGACGAUGCGCUUGCCGGGCGGGUAAACAACAUUGAUUUGGGCGCCAACGCAGGAUACCGGCGCGCUCGCGUACUGUGCUCGUACGACGCCAAAGACGGCACCGAACUGAAUCUCACAUCGAACGAGGUUAUAUUUGUCUGCGAGUGUAACCCACCAAACAGUGAUUACAUGAAUGGAAAGCAGGGGCUGCUUAAGGGACUUGUACCAAAAGCGUUCCUCGAGAUGCUAGACGACGAUUAAAUUAUAUAAGCUUGUCGCUGGAAUUGAGUUAACAUUUGCCACGACAUGUAUGGGCGGUUUUGUUUUGUGUCUUAAGCCAGGCAAGCGUCACAUUGCUUUGUUUUGCUAGUUAUUGGUAGGUUAAAAAUUGUUCUCUUGCCAACGCUUUUGUCAAUGACAUUGAUUUAUCGAUUAACACCCGAACAUGAAUUUAUAGCACGUUGUAACGAGUGUAAGGAGUUGAGUGAGAGUUGGUGAUAUACGUAAGAAGUAGGAAGAUUUUCUUGAUUUGUUAGUUCUCCGUUUCGCAGAUUGAUUUUCCAAAUGUUGGUUGUGUUACGUUCAUGUUGCAUGUGAAGGCUCUUGUGUACCGUCGUGCAAGUCCGUGCACUAAUCUCCAUAUACAAACAUAAGUACGCUAGCUGUAACGGUUUUCCUAAUUCUGUUUUACUCAUCAACGAAUCUAGGAACAGGAAAAUCUCCAUCUAAGUACGCUCAUGGAGCGCAUGCUACGAAUGCUAAAAUAUGCUCAGUUGUUGUUUCCGCCCUAAGCUUCCCACUUACAUUUAAUCUUAAAAAUAUGAGUGUGUGUUUGUGUGCGCGUGCGUGUGUGGUCAAUUAUUAGGAGACAAUUUACAUUACCUUUUGAAGCAUACUCAACCGUUUAACCAAAGCGAGGUUAGUUGUCUGUCCGAAGACGCUUUUCCUAGUUAAUAAUGCAUUCCUUUUAACGAUCGAUCAACGACAAAACGAGAGCGGCCUGGGAAGAGUUCAGUACCGGGUCGAAAUCGAACCUUUAAAAUGAACAUUUGCUUGAAUCGUUGUUACGAGGAGCGUUAGAAUAUUCAUCAACCAACAAAAUUUAUCAACCAGCGUUGUGCACCGUUUGGAACAAUCUAAACAAACAAACAAAAGAAAUACUCCUCUAUUAGCACAGCUAACCAAUUCUUCCACCCUUUUUACCAACGAAACCCGUUGCACGUAUAGUCUCGCUUCACGAAUUCAAAACCUACUCAAUAAUCUUACCAGAAGCUAAUUUACAUAACAAUUGUUGCUACUUGGAGGUAAAACACUACGCUCUUAAGGGUAAGGUGCGAGAUAAUAAACAAUUUCGCGUGUCGCCGCGUUAGAUUGUAAGCAGGAAAAAGACGUUACUGUGGCCGAGGAUAACAAACAAAACAAACAACACACAAGUUUGGGCGAAGAUCGAAAUGCGCUUUACACAAUAAAAACCGUAGGAUAUGAAUAAAGUCAAUUUCGCGAUUGAUAUUAUUGUUGACAUAUUAGGUAUAUUUAUGCGUGUUGGAUUGGAUGGUGGUGGUGCCGACUGGCCGCUACACAACACAGACAUACAUUGCAAAGUUACUAAUUGAUAACAAUAAAGGAAAGUUAUGCAUAACAUAAUUCAUGUUUAAAUAAAGCGAACGAUAAACAAUGA